AUGACAAAGUUUCAUGUGAAACUUUAUUCGAAAGCUGUCGAAUCUCGAAAAGUGAGCCAGAUUCAAAGAGAUUUCGAAAAGAAAUUCCAUCGAAAAUUAGAUGUUUCUGUGGAAUAUUGUUAUCAUUUGAUUGUCGACGAACCCGAUUUCAUUGAUACCAAUUGGUCUAAACUUUCCAAUUUGCUUUCUCAUUCUCCAUUUGAAAAAUAUGUUUGGAGAGAAUCAAUUUUGAAUUCCAAAAAUGGAAAAGUGAUUGAAAUUUGUCCAAGGACAGCUGUCAAAACCGCCACUUGUACCAAUAUUUUGAAUGUUUUCGAUAGUGCCGAUAUUCGGAAUGUUGAAAAAAUCGAGAGAGGAAUACGGUAUCUUGUGCCGAACGAUGUAGAUGAGAAUGAUUUUUUUGAAUUGGCAGCGGACAAAAUGACUGAAGUCAUUUACUCAACUGAUAUGAAUUUUGACAACGAGAGUCAUUCCAUUGAAAAUGUAACCAUCAUUGAUGUUCUGGCUUCAAAACAAAAUCUUAUUGAAGCUAAUGAAAAAUUGGGACUUGCAUUGGACCAGGAUGAUCUGGACUUUUAUUAUGACUUCUUCGUAAUUAAAGUCAAAAAAAAUCCUACGGAUGUUGAACUUUUUGAUCUAGCUCAAUCUGAUUCUGAGCACUCUCGUCAUUGGUUUUUCCGAGGGGAAAUUUGGAUCGAUGCGUGUGAAAGAGAACAAUCAUUAAUGGGAUCAAUUCGAGACACCUUGAAAUAUUCAAAUGAAAAUAGUCUGAUUGCUUUUAACGACAAUUCAAGCUCGAUCCGUGGAUUCGAAAGAGUUUGGCGUCUUCGACCAUCUGACCCAACUACAGUAUCCUCAAUGAAUGCGAUUUGUUCUUCUUCUCACUUGAUUUAUUCUGCCGAAACACAUAAUUUUCCAACUGCAGUUUGCCCUUUUCAAGGAGCCACUACUGGAACUGGAGGAAGAAUUCGAGAUGUUCACGCCACUGGACGAGGAGCUUAUGAAAUCGCAGGUACCGUUGGCUAUUCCUUCGGCAAUCUCAACAUUGCUGGUCUUGAUCUCCCGUGGGAAGAUCCCUCGUUCGUAUACCCAACAUCUAUCAGUGAACCAGCAAAAAUUGCCAUUGAAGCUUCAAACGGAGCAUCAGAUUACGGUAACAAAUUUGGUGAACCAGUUAUUUGUGGAUUUGCUCGUUCAUUUGGAUUGAAGUUAGAAAAUGGAGAAAGAUGUGAAUACCUUAAACCGAUCAUGUUUUCUGGAGGAAUUGGGACAAUUGACGAAGACGAAGUAAAGAAAGAGCCAUGUGCAGUUGGCCAGAAAGUGGUUAAAAUAGGUGGUCCAGUAUACCGAAUCGGUGUUGGAGGUGGUGCAGCAAGUUCGGUUUCAGUACAAGGAAAUCGAGAGAAUCAAUUGGAUUUUGCUGCUGUUCAGCGUGGAGAUGCUGAGAUGGGCGGUAAAUUGCAUCGAGUUGUGAGGGCGUGUGCAGAGAGAAAUGGCGGAAAUCCAUUGACAUCGAUUCAUGAUCAAGGAGCUGGUGGAAAUGGAAAUGUCAUCAAAGAGCUCGUUGAAGGAUGUGGAGUUACAGUCCAAAGUGAUGCAUUCCAACUAGGAGAUGAAAGUAUAUCGUUGAGAGAAUUGUGGACUGCUGAGUAUCAGGAAAAUGAUGCAGCAUUAGUAAAUCCUUCUCUGCUAGAAGCACUUCAAACAAUUUCCGAACGCGAGAAAUGCCACGUUUCUGUGGUAGGAGAUGUUAUGGAAGAGCAAAGAGUCAAAUUGGUUGGAAAAUCAGGAGAAAUUGCUGUAGAUCUAGACACUCGACAGUUGGGAGAAAGGGAGAAGAAGUGUUUCAAAUUGAAAAGUGUGCCACGGAUUCUCAAGAAACUUGAAUUGCCGAAGAACCUGACAGUCAGAGAAGCUGUUGGAAGAGUUUUAAAACUUCCUACAGUAGCUAGUAAACGAUAUCUGACAUGCAAAGUUGAUAGAUCUGUAACUGGAUUGGUAGCUCAGCAGCAAUGCGUCGGGCCUCUUCACACACCUCUAGCUGACGUGGCAGUUGUUGCACUUUCCCAUUUUGAUACGGUCGGUGGAGCAGUGUCUCUCGGAGAACAGCCUAUCAAAAUGUUAAUUGACGCCGAGAAAGGAGCAAGAAUGUGCAUUUCGGAGACUAUAAUGAACCUUAUUUGGGCUCCAAUUACAGAUCUGAAGGUAUCGAAAACAAGAUAUUCCAAAAAAAAGUUAUUUCUUUUGAAGGAUGUAAAAAUGUCAGGAAACUGGAUGUGGGCUGCAAAAUGCGAAGGAGAGGGUGCACGUUUAGUGGAAGCAGUUGGAGGUCUUUGUCAGGGUCUUCGAGAGAUUGGAUGUGCGAUUGAUGGAGGAAAAGAUUCGCUAUCGAUGGCAGUGACCGCAAAUGGAGAAGUUGUUAAGAGUCCUGGAACACUUGUUCUGUCCGCCUACGCUCCAUGCACAAAUGUUUCAAAAGUUGUGAAUCCAUCAUUAAAAGCUACUCCUGGUUCCAAAAUUUUAUGGAUCAAAUGUGGAGGUGUGAAAGGAAAAUUCAGAUUAGGAGGGAGUGCACUGGCUCAAGUUUAUUCACAGAUCGGAGACGAUUGCCCAGACAUCGAAAAUUUCUCUGAAAUUUCCCAUGUUUUUUCGAUUGUUCAAGAUCUAUUAAAUGAAGAUCAAUUGGUUGGAACAGUUAGAAAACCAAAAAUCCUUGCAGGACAUGAUAUUUCUGACGGCGGUCUUAUUACGACAAUUUUGGAAAUGGCGUUUGCUGGAAAUGUUUCAAUUGAUAUUGAUAUUCAAAAAGAAACGGAUCCCAUCAACAUUCUAUUUUCUGAGGAAUGCGGGAUUGUUCUCGAAGUUUCAGAUGCAGAAAACGUUAUGAAAAGAUGCCAAAGUUCGGUCAUUGAAUGUUCCGUUAUUGGCCAUGCUACUCCGGAAUAUGGAUCAGAUGCACAUGUUAAAAUUCAAGUGAAUGGAAAGAUGGAAAUCAAUGAAAAAUUGGUGGAUUUACGAGAAGAAUGGGAACUUGUUGGCGAUAAAUUGGGAGAGCAUCAAACCAAUUUGAAAAGCUUGGAAGAAGCGAAAAAUGUGCGAAAGGAUUGCAAAAAAAUUCAAUACAAGUGUGAUUUUGAAUGGUUUUACCAUCCUUCGUUUAUCUAUCACGAACAGUACUUUUCAACGGCUCCACGCGUCGCAAUAAUUCGGGAAGAAGGAUCCAAUGGAGACAGAGAAAUGGCAUCUGCUUUUACUUUGGCCGGUUUUCAGACUUUUGAUGUUACAAUGAGUGAUAUGCUGAAAGGACACAAUUUAAAUUCCUACAGAGGAGUUGCAUUUGUUGGAGGAUUCUCUUAUGCCGACGUUUUGGGAUCUGCCAAAGGAUGGGCUGCGGGAAUUCAAUUCAAUGAGAAAGUUUCACAGAGUUUCAAAGUUUUCCGUUCAAGAUCUGACACAUUUUCAUAUGGAGUCUGUAAUGGAUGUCAGUUGAUGGCUCAACUCGGCUGGGUUGGAGAUGAAGAUGAUGAAUCGGAAAGCGUUACAGUAUUCCUAGAUGAAAAUGAAUGUGGACGAUUCGAAAGCAACUUUGGACCUGUCAAAAUAGAACAGAGUCGAUGUAUCAUGCUUUCUGGAAUGGAGAACUCAAUUCUGGGACUGUGGUCUUCUCACGGUGAAGGUCAAUUCAAUUAUCGAUCAUCUCAAAAUCUCGAAAACUUGAGAAGAAACGGUCAGGUUUGUGUCCGUUUCUGCGAUGAUCUUGGAAUGACUGGCGCUGAUUACUCGAAAGAAAAGCUACCGUACCCAUGGAAUCCGAAUGGAUCUAUUGAUGACGUGGCCGCGAUUUGCAGUCGCGAUGGAAGGCAUCUCGCAAUGAUGCCUCAUGCGGACCGAUCCUUCUUGACGUGGCAAUGGGCGGAUCCAGAUGAUGUCAACUGGAAUACACGAUUUGAUCAACAGUCAGUGGCACUUUCUCCUUGGAUUCGAAUGUUCAGAAACGCCUAUAAUUGGUGU